AUGAUUGUCAUUCUUAACGAUAACGACCAAGUAUCUCUGCCCACAGGCACCAAAACGGUCGCCGGCGUUCGUCCGUCAGGUGCUCUCAGUGAUUAUACUUCUCGCCUCAUGUCAUCGAGGCCGUUCCAGGAUAUGAGAGGUAUGGCCAAAAGCUUCUCCAAGCUCUUCCCAGAGGAGAUCCAGGACGUCGCAGCGCAGUUUGACGAAUAUACGAGGGGCAUCAUGGCGCAGGGAGGUACGCUUUUCGAGGAGCUUGGUUUUUAUUAUGUUGGUCCCAUUGAUGGACACAAACUUGAUACCCUUGUUCCCGUACUCGAGAACGUCCGCGACAUGCCUGGCAACAAACCCGUCUUGAUCCAUGUCAAGACUGAAAAGGGCAAGGGAUACCCCCCCGCGGAGGCUUCCCUAGACAAAUACCACGGUGUCGCCCGUUUUGACGUCGGCACCAGGAAGCAGCAUAAGAGUGUCUCCCAGACCCCCAGCUAUACCUCCGUCUUUUCAAAAGCAUUGAUCGCUGAGGCCGAACAUGAUCGCAAGGUUGUCGCCAUUACAGCGGCCAUGCCCGGAGGCACUGGUUUAAAUAUUUUCGGGGAACGUUUUCUGAAGCGGUGCCACGAUGUCGGCAUUGCUGAGCAACCCGCAGUGACGAUGGCUGGAGGCAUGGCAUGCGAGGGAUACAAGCCGUUCUGUUGCAUCUACUCAACCUUCCUGCAACGAGGUUACGAUCAACUCAUUCACGACGUUUCCAUUCAAAAGUUGCCUGUACGAUUCAUUCUGGACCGCGCGGGACUCGUCGGAAACGACGGACCAACGCAUCAUGGCUCAUUUGAUCUUGCGUACAUUGGUUGCAUUCCUAACAUGAUAAUCAUGGCCCCCAGCGAUGAGUGUGAGCUACAAAAUAUGGUCGCCACAUCAUUGGCAAUUAACGAUAGCCCCUCUGUCGUGCGCUACCCUCGUGGAGUUGGGGUGGGUCUUGACGUUAUUAAUCAGAAGCUUGGUGGCAAGUAUGAUGUGAUGCCAGAAGGAGGUCAUGCGAUUGCGAUUGGCAAGGGUCGCAUCAUUCGCAACAAAGCUCCAAGCCCGAAGGAGGGUUCAGUCGCAAUUCUCAGUCUAGGAACCAGGCUCUUGGAGAGCGUGAAAGCAGCCGAAGCUUUGGAGGCGAACACCAUCCCUGUCACGGUCAAGGGUAGCGAGGGGUCGGGGGCAUGCGACUGUCUCUCUGUCGAAGCGAGGUGA